UGGGCUCAGUCAGUCGGUUAGUGUCUUCAGUUGUCCAUAAGUGGGCCAGGUUCGUCGCUUUCCCAACUUAAAUCUCCGCAAUUUUUGAAAGGAUCUGAUUGAAAAUAGUGUUUACGUGACCGUUUCACUAUGCGCAGCAUCAUUAAAAUAACGACGUCUUUUGAAUUACGUUAGAUUAGUUGUUUUGAAAGGUUUUUUCAAUCGAUUGGAUUCACUGAUUUGAGGAUCAUUAUUUUUGUUGGCUUAUGCUUUCGGGUGGUGUGAGUGAGGUGCAAAAGAGUUGGCUUACCUGUUGCACAAACAUAAGCUCAGGAUCGAAGAUCUCGAUGUGUUUACGGUUGAUGCUUGUUGGUUUUAUCGCACGUGUUUUGUUUAUGCUCCAUCGUGCCCUAUGUGGUUUGUUGCGUAUUGCGUAAGAAAGCGAGACGCCGAUCAAAACAUAAAACGUGAUCAUUCUUUAGCGCGCUAGAGAACGUGUUUUGUGUAUUUACUUGAUUUGUUUACGACUCGGCGAGAGCUGGUGAAUGACCCAAGUGGUGCUGGGCCUGCGCGAGUGAAUUUAUUUUGAGACGCAUAUCGGCAAGGAAUCUCGAUUGAAUGAAAUACGAAAUUAGCUACCACAGUGACUCCGAGAAGAUGGGAAGCCGUGCGCAGUCUGUGAUCUGUGACAAGGUGCUGGCAGGAUUGCCGCAGCUGUUGGAUGAUCUACAGAAACUGUCCGACGAUCAGGACACGGCGGAUGUGGUGUUUAUUCUGGGGACAAUCGAAGAGAGGAUCUAUGCACAUCGGAUUAUUUUGAUGGCAAGGUGCAAAUCCUUUCAAACACAAAAACGUGGCGAGAUAUGCCGAAUACCUGGAUGCUCGGUUCUACCAUCUGCCCCCGGAACACCCACUCCCAUCCGUCUGCCACACAUCGAACCGGACAUAUUUCGUCAGUUCAUUCUCUACGUGUACACUGCGAAGAUUAUGUUGCAGGACUCGAAGGUAUUCGAAAUGAUGACCUUGGCACAGGAUCUUGGCGUUGAGGAGCUCAAAAUCGCCUGCGAGGAACACGUGAGAACCACCAUGUCGGUGGCCAAUGCAUGCACGUUUCUUGCCGCCGUUAUGGAAAUUCAGGAGAAAGCUUCAGGUGCAAAAUUUGCCACACCAUUUUUGGAGAAAUGCAUCACCUACAUCGCAGAAAAUGCAUCGGAAUGCGUAAAGACAAAUGCUUUUCUAAAUUUAACAAAGGAAGGAUUGAUUCAGGUCAUUUCCUAUGAUAAUCUUGGCUUAGAGGAAGAAGAUGUCUGGCGUUGUGUUCUAUCCUGGGCAAAAAACCAAGCCGGAGUGACCCAACCCACUGCACACUGGACCGAGGAAGAACGUCAACGAGUCUGCCAACAGCUUGCGCCGGUCAUUUCCCACGUUCGAUUGUUUCUCAUCGACAGUCAGGUGUUUGCCGAGGAGGUUGAACCAACGGGAGCCGUUCCGAUUGAGCUGUCUCUGGAACGGUAUCGUCGGGCGGCUCUGCACUCCAACAAACUUCCUGCUUCUGCUGUGCCUAUUCCAACCGGACCAUUGGCCGAAAACGACAAACGCCUGCAACCAAGACUGAUGUUGAACCUGUUCCAUGGUUCGGCGAUUCUGAAAAACGAUAAGAUCCACAUGCAAGGCACACUCAAUGGGUUCUACGGUGCGCCGAAGCAAACCUGGCGCCUGGUCUAUCGUGCGUCAACCAACGGUUUUUCCGCUGCAGCUUUUCACCGACACUGCGAUGGAGUCGCACCGUUGUUUAUCAUAGCUUUGGGAACACAAGGCGCCAUCAGCGGAGGAUUCACAGACGUGGCAUUCGCCAAAACGAACCGAAAAGGAGGUUACAUUCAUUCGGAGAAGGCAUUUUUGUUUGCCUUGAACUACAACAACGAUCCACCGAUGAAAUUCGAUAUUGUGAAGAAACCCUACGCAAUUUGCUAUCAUCCAGAUUGUGGUCCCAUUUUCGGUGCCGGAGCUGAUUUACUCAUAUCGAACAAUUGCAAUGUGAGUAUGGAAUCCUAUUCAAAUUUUCCCCAUUCGUACGAUGGACCUAAUGCUGUAUUUGGGAACCUGUUCGGUGAGUAUAACUUUUCCAUUGCUGACUAUGAAGUAUUUACGUUGGCUCCUACGGCGCCAUCCGGAAUUAAAAUGAAACAUGAUCGGUACCCCUGAGUCUGCAAAAGAUAAUAUAAAGUGGAUGCAAUACAUAUUUUGCCGGCGAGGUUAUAGAUGUUAGAUUAUUAAAAAAUGUAUGGAAUGUCUGAAUAGCAUUUGUAUAGAAAUAAGUACUCAUAUAGCAAUAACAUAUUUUGCUCAAUACCAUUCAUCAAUUU